AUGAAGCUCUCUGCUGUUAUCGUCGCCUUGGCUGCUGCCUCGGCCGAAGCUCACUACACCUUCGGCCGAGUCGUCUACGGCGGAACAACCUACCCCGAGUGGCAACACGUGCGCAAAACGCUCAACUUUUACAGCAACGGCCCAACGGACGGCGUCUCGUCGACCCAGAUCCGCUGCUACGAGGCCGACGCAAAGGACAGGGUCACGGUGAAGACGCUCCCCGUGACGGCGGGCUCUACGAUCGGGUUCGCGGCCAACUCCAUCGUGGGACACCCGGGGCCGGCGAGUUUCUGGAUGGCAAAGGUGCCGGCGGGUCAGACGGCGGCGACGUGGGAUGGCAGCGGAGCGGUGUGGUUCAAGAUUUACCACGAGAGGCCGACGAUCACGAGCAGCGGGCUCGAGUGGGCAUCUUUCACCAUCCCGAAAACCGGAUGGGAUGAGAAAAAGCUUGCAGGUUUCAAAAAGAAAAGGGGCGGCCAACGUUCUGUGGGAAUUUGUGGAGAGUUCGUGAAUCGCGCCGGCUUUCCUCUGCAUAGGGCUGAUUCAGUCGACCAACGUGUGGAUGCGAAUGCUAACGAGAAUCCCAACGUCACAGACAGCCAGGUGCUCUCGGCCAAGAUCCCGUCGUGCAUCGCGUCGGGCGAGUACCUCAUCCGGGUCGAGCACCUGGCGCUGCACGGGGCGGGGACCGAGGGCGGCGCGCAGUUCUACGUCGGGUGCGCGCAGGUGUCGCUGUCCGGGGGCGGGAGCACCAGUCCGUCGGGGCUCGUGUCGUUCCCUGGGGCGUACAAGUCGACGGACCCCGGAAUCCUGUUCCAGCCGUACUGGCCGACCCCGACGAGCUACACCAACCCGGGUCCCGCCCCGUUCGCCUGCUAA